UACUUCUGCACCUCCGGGACGUCUGACUGAAAGUCUUACAUGGCGGCGGCAGCGGUUGCUGGGUCGUCAAAGACGUCGCCGUUUGGGACGCUGCUGCGACGCUCAAAAUUUGCCUCAUUCGACCCAGCCAUCGCCCAGGUCUACACAACCUACGACGGAAAUGCACACCGCGGCAACUGGGGCUUGAAGCGACCCCUCCCACUCAAGCGGCGCAAUGCGUACAUCACGGUUUCCGAGGUCGACUCGCGCGAGCAGCAGACGGUUUGGGACAGCGGCGAGAAGCAAGCGCGCUGGAUCCAGGCGUGGCAGGAGCUCGGGGUAGAGAAGCUCGAGCCCCCGGAGUACAGUUACGGGCGGGAACGCAACUCGCUCACCUGGCAGAGCAAGAUCGGGUCGGCGCAGCGUUACUGGGUGGUGGACUCCGAGUUUGCGGUGGGCCCGGAUGGGGGCAAGCCCAGCAAGGAGAGCCGGCUGCUGCAGCAGACGCGGGCGCCGAUCCUGCCCAACAUCGACGCCAUGUCAAACAAGCAGUUUGAGCUGUUCAUUCGGAACCUGCGCAAGCUGCGGCCGGAGUUUAAGGAGUACCUCAAAAAGAAGGCGGGGGAAGGGAAACCUGUCUCAACCGACCUCCUCGACCAGGCGCAGAACGGUGUCAUCUACUACAAGGAGUUCCUGACCGAGAGAAUCAAGAACAAGUUGAACAAGGAGACCUCGGUGAGCCUGGCUCAAGAGCCGCACGUCUACGCCGGGGCCAGCUACAGCCACCACACCCGCCUCUCCACGUUCUUCCUCACGCCCACCCUCCCUGGUCGCAUGAUCCUCAUGCAGCGCGACGAGUCGAACGUAGCCGCGCGCACGAAGGACAACAUCUACUACGUCACCUCCUUUGCGGGAAUGACCACGAAGGUGCGCUCGAGCAACGCGGACGGCAAGUCCGACGUCGUCGCCGGGAAGGACGGCGCGCCCACGAGCCUCGAGGCUGGCGUGACGAAGCUACGCCUGCGCGAGGCGCACCUUGUGCGCGCGCCGAACACUGUAGACAGCCACGCCAAGUCCAAGAUGCGCGGGGCGCGGAUUAUCACGGAAGCGAUCGCAUUCAACAGGCCGUCGAUGAGCCGCUCCAACCCUCACUACCCGGGCUCCAUUGCAUAUAGCACGCAGGAUCCGGGAACGGCUGACGCGUCCUCGUUAAAUCGGAUUGUUACGCCUGUUUUCAGAAGAAAUAGGGAGUCGCGGUCCAACACAAUGUCGAAGUAUAAGGGCGGCGGGAAAGGAGGUUCGAAUCUCUUACAGGGUUUGAGGCAGAUAGUGUCACCAACGGGCCGCCCAUCAGGCAGCCAACCGUAGACCUUACUAUGACCGUUUUAUUGUAUCCUUGCGACCUAAUGCAUGCCUGUCAUAGCGUGUAUGGAUAUGAACUGAACAUUCUUGUAAUUGGGGCAAUACUCUAACGAUUGGGGUAUGAUUAGAGAAUGAUGCGAAAG